ACUUUUAUUUUGACAGCAGCCCUGGAGAGCUCCGCUAGUUUCCUUGCCUUUUUAGCUCGACAGUGGUGCUGCUGCUGAGCCUCGGCGGUGUGUGUGUGUGUGUGUGUGUUUGGAUGGUGGACCGUUAAAACACCGACACCCCCCUCCCCACCCCCCCCCGACCGGCCCGCAUUAAAAUGCCUCAUCGCCGCGUGUAAACGGGCGAAAACUUCGUGGGAGGGGAGAGAGUCAGGUCUCCGGGCAGGUUUAGAGGAAAAUACUGGCAGGAUGUUGCAAGUUUUAGCUUGUGGCGCCGUAGUUUUCCCCGGUCUCUUCUUCGCCUUUAGGAAAAUCCUGCCGUGUGUGUUCAAACACUGGAGCGAUGCCGACGUGGUGCUGGUCAGCGAGAGACUGGUGUCCUCCCUCCAUGCCGUCAUGGCGACCACGGUAGGAGUCAUCGUUGCCACAUCAUGCCGGGAGAGCGUCAUCGACGACAGGCACUGGCUGGCCCCCUACUUUAUCGUCUGGUACGGUGUGCCCUACAUGACAUACGACAUCUUCGCCAUGUACCUCAGUCACUACCACCGCUUCCGCGUCAAAGGGCACGAGGACUACAAGCGGCAUUCGCUGAGGACCGUGCAGUCCUUCGUCCGCCGAGAGUUCCUGCUGGUGUUGCAUCACAUUGCCCUGCUCACGAUCCUGCUGCCUGUGACGCUGUUCUUCAGAAGGGACCAGGGGGAUUUCUUCAUCGGCUGCUUGUUUCUAACGGAGCUCAGCACACCCUUCGUCUCCCUGGGGAAGAUAUUUAUUCAGCUCAGCCUCCAGGAAUCCUGGCUGCACAAGGCCAACGGCGGCAUGGUACUCCUCACCUUCUUCGUGUUCCGCAUCGCCCUGUUCCCCUACAUGUACUGGGUGUACGGCCGCCACUACGGCAUCCCGCUCUACAGCGUGCCCUUCCACCUGCCGCUGUCCACCAACCUGGGCAACGUCUGCAUCCUGGCGCCGCAGGUCUACUGGUUCGUCCUUCUGUGCCGAAAGGGCUACCGUCUUUACCGGCGCAGCCGUGUGCCAGACUCGUCUCCCGCGGCCACGGUCACUGACAAUUCAAAGGCUGAUUGAUAUCAAGUUCACGUUCGCCCGCUCAAGCCGCACACUCAGCUACUAACGCAACUACUUCUGCAAAGGCACUAGUUUGACUUAACACAUUUCAAACCCCACCAUUGUACUGUAGUACACCAGGACUGCCUGCUCUUGUCCCACAACUCCCUGGGCAUUUUUUUCCGCACACUUUAAGUCCUCUUGUUACAAUAUCUGCUGCCUACGUGGACCUCUCCACCGAAAGCAGCUCUACUACUGAAGUUUGAUGAUCUAGCUUCUUUUUUUGGGGGGGUGGGGUGGGGGGAUAUUUUGGCUCCUGCCUGGAUCUUUGUUGAAGUGCUACACGGCGUCUGUCAACAUUUACAACGCUGAAGAACUUCCAUGGAUAGACAUUAUCUCCUCCUCCUCCUCCCCCCCCCGGACCCCCCCAUUACUCCUACUGUGUUUACGGCCUCUGCGGACUUUGAAGGUCUGUUACAGUGUUUGCGUGAGUGGCUGCUACGACAGGUUGUAUUUAUUGGGAUGAUUUUGCUGUCGAGUGUCGGGAUAGUCGCGUUCCCCCUUCCCAUCCAUGUGUGAGUGUGUGUGGGGGAAGGGGGGGGGGCAGGAUGCAAAUCCGGGCAGCAUUAGCAGGAAGAAUACAUGUCACCUCAUUCACGUUCGAGAGCUUAAAAAAAAAAAGAAGAAAAAACACUAAAAAAAAACUGCUACAUUUUGUUGACACCCCCAGUUAAUGUGACGUUUCACCUCCCAGUUCAUUUUGUUUGUAGUUUUCCCUUUAGAGCAUGAUACAGUGGCAUCAUCGACCCCCCCCCCCCCUCCAGCUGUGACCUCACGUUUACUACCGUGGCUCACUUAUUUUUCAGAAGCCGUCUCCUUUCAGCAGGGUGCGAGAGCUCUGUGUGCAUGGUGCAUCCCCCCCCCCCACACCCCCACACCCCCACACCCCCACACCCCGGAUUCAAUGCUGCACUUCCAUUUUAAGAAAGCCUUUUCAGGAAUUUGGGUUCGGCAAUAUCCUCCCAACGGUCGGGAGCAGGAGAAUGGUGGCACCGACAAGGGAUGACCUCAGUUCUGGGAAACCCAUCCUUCAUUUUCACAAGGUCAUUUUUCAACGAGUCCGUGCUGGAUUUUUAAUUUUUUUUUAAUUUUAGGUUGAUACGACAAAAGUGCAGUCAAGACCUCAAAUGAAUCACCUUUUUUUUUUUUUUUUGGAGAAGGAAAAAAAAUAAAUAAAAAAAAUAAACGACCAGACUGCUCCCGAUGUCUAAAUAAACAAUGUAAAGCCAUGAUGGGAUAAGAUUAAAAAAUAUGAUGUAUUUGGACUAACACCCAAGUGCAAGGAUUUUAAUUUCUGCAAGGUUUAUAUAUCAUUUGCAUGCAUGAGUAUAUAUAUA